UUCCGUAGUCGAAAGGCAGACCACUAACAGCUGCAAGCCAUGGAAGUCGACACACGGACCGAGAUUAACCCCGCCGAUUACUUCAGUCCGGAUGCCCCUAUGCCGGACCUGGGUCUUUAUAGGAAACUCUGGUAUCCUGUUGGCAUGAGUUCCGCUGGUGUUGGUCUUAUAUCCUUCAUGAACGUGAUCAGCAGGAGGCCGGCCUUCAGCGGUAUUCAGCGGCACAUCAUUGCUGGCAGCGUAGGAUUGCUGUUGGGUAUUCAAGUGGACAGGUGGACAAGAAAGCAGGCAGCCAUCAGAGACAACAUCUACUACAACUACAUCCUGAGUCACCCUGAGGACUUCCCUCCUAUUGAGAGAAAGAAAUUUAGCGAGGUACUUGAGAAUUGGGUGCCUGCCCGCUAACCCUGCAUCAUUGGUGUCACCAGAAUCAGUGAAGAGUGAGGAUUUUUUUUGUGGUAUGCUGUAGCUUUGUUUAUCACCAAAGGACUCUCUUCUCUUUACUCAUUUUUCCUGUUUUAUAAAGUGUUCAGUUCAUACUCUGCAAUUUUUUUUCAAGUUAAACUUCUUACAAAAACUUAAGAAAUGUUUUGUCAGUUUCUUAUGAAAGUUUAUCAUAUGGGUGUAGAUGAUGUACUAAAGGCUUCUCAAGGCAGGGAUACUGUUGGGCAGGCUGUAUAAAAUUAUGGUAUGUAAAUAUAUAGAUAAAUAAAAAAUUGUAAUAAUUAAU